UGUAUAUGUCCCUCAAAAAACAAAAACUAAAAAAUAGAAAAAAAAAAUGGAGCCUCUCUGCCGAAACUUGGAUCUCAAACCAGCAACUUUCCCACCAAUUUCACCAAGAUUCCCAAAACCGAUUUCGCUGUCACUGCGUUCUCCUCGGUUUUCGUGCUCGGAUCGCCAGGUGACCAAGAAAUGGAGGGUGUCUGUUGGCAAUGCUAACUCUGAAGCUAAGUUUUCCAGUCAGGAGUUGGUGAGGGCAAUUGGAAAAGGGUUGCUCGCAUUUGCCGCUGCCGCUGCUGCAAAUUAUGCUGUUGUUUGUUGUGAUUAUCCGGCAAUGGCGGAGUCUCUGACGUUGGCUUUUCCGGUGUCACGCACUACUGAGGUGAAUUCAGUACAAAGAACUCUUGUGGAGACUUGGGGUUUGAUUAGGGAAACAUUCGUAGACCCGACAUUUAAUCAUCAAGACUGGGAUCAAAAGUUUCAGCAAACGAUGACAGAAAUGUUUCCCCUUAAGUCUGCUGAUGCAGCAUAUAUGAAAAUCAGUGGAAUGCUAUCUACUCUUGGCGACCCCUUUACGCGGAUCAUCAGUCCCAGGGAAUAUGAAAGUUUUCGUAUUGGAAGCAAUGGAAAUCUACAAGGAGUUGGCCUUUUCAUAAAUACUGAACCAAGAACAGGCCAUUUGGUUGUUUUGUCUUGUGUAGAGGGUGGCCCAGCUGCUCGCGCUGGUUUACAUCAGGGAGAUGAGUUGGUUGAAAUUAAUGGAGAGAAGGUGGAUGGUAUUGACAUUGAAGUAGCCAUACAGAAACUUAGAGGUCGAGUUGGAACAACAGUUACAGUAAAAGUUCACAGAGGCAAUGAUUUCGCUGGAGAUUCUAGUAUAAAAGAGGUGAAACUACCUCGUGAGUACAUUAAGCUUUCCCCGAUUUCAACUGCUACCAUCCCACAUAAAACCCCAGAUGGACGUUUAACGAAAAUGGGUUAUGUGAAGUUGUUAGCCUUCUCUCAGACUGCUGCAGCUGAUAUGGAAAAUGCUAUUAAUGAAAUGAAGAGUCAGGGUGUACACUCAUACAUACUGGAUUUACGGAACAAUCCGGGGGGACUGGUAAAAGCUGGACUUGAUGUUGCACAAAUUUGGCUAGACGGGGAUGAAACUCUAGUGAAUACAAUUGAUCGGGAAGGCAAUCUUUUACCCAUCAACAUGGUCAAUGGGCAUGCUAUAACACAUGAUCCACUUGUUGUGCUUGUUAAUGAGGGCAGCGCGAGUGCAAGUGAGAUUCUGGCAGGGGCACUACAUGACAAUCGCCGAGCCACUCUUGUGGGGCACAGAACCUUCGGAAAAGGAAAAAUCCAGAGUGUCACAGUGCUACAUGAUGGAUCAGCUUUAUUUGUCACGGUGGCUAAAUAUUUAUCGCCAGCGCUUCAUGACAUAGACCAGGUUGGCAUUGCACCUGAUGUUCAAUGCACAACUGAAAUGCUCAAUUCUCCCAAGGAAUCGACGUCGAAGGAGAAGAGCUCAGUCUCAUCAUCUCGAGAAGCAGAUUCAUGUGUCUUGGUAGCCGAACAUGAAUUGGACAUUCAGGAAUCCAAAGGCACUGCUUCUUGAAGACAGGAUCAUGCAGUAAUUUAAAUUUGUAUAGCGUAGGAAUUGACGGUACAGAUGUGAAAAUGAAAAUGAAAUAGAACAGGGUCUGCUUAUACUUGCCUUUCCACAUCGUGUGCAGGUAAGAAGUACAAGGUUAAAUAGGUUACAGUGUACUGAUCCAAAAUUUCAGAUGCAUAAUUUGUGCGUAAUUCCUUCUUUGUUUUAUGUUUUUUAAGAUACAAUGAUGUAUUUAUACUAAGGGGAAAUAAUUCAUGUUAAGCUA